AUGAAUAGAAAUUUUAAUAAUAUUAAUAAUAACAAUAAUAAUAAUAAUAACUACCACGGCUAUCAAUACCAUCAACAACAACAACAACAAAAUCAACAACAACAACAACAACAAUAUAAUAAUAAUGUAAUAAAAUAUUUAUGGAAUACGUAUACACAAACAGUAGUUUAUCAAGAUUCAUUAUUUAAUUUAGUAGAGUUUCUUCAAUUUUUUACAUUAAACUACUAUAAUGAUACCAUUGGUGAUUUAUUAUUCCUAUCAAAUGGUACACUAACAGAUAUAACAAGACAUCUUUCGAAACAUUUAAUUGAAGAAAUUGGUUAUAGUUGUACAUUAUUAAAUCAACAACAACAAACACAACAAACACAAACACAAACACAAUCUAAACAACAAACAAUACCACAACUUUCAUUGAAUAAUAGCAUACCAACAUCAUUUACAACAACAGCAUCAUCAACAAAUACAACACCAAAUGCGGGAUUAAAAUUAGCAGAAUAUGAAAUUUAUCAAUACUUAAUUGGAUAUUCUACAGCGGGAGAAGGACCAUUAGUAUUAGCAGCACUCGAUAUAUUAUCUAGACAAUCACCAAAUGGUAUACCAUUAUCAUUUUUAAAUUUUUUAAUAACAAUAUUACUUAGAAUAUUAUCAUUACCACCUGAAUUACUUUAUAACAAUAAUAAUAAUGAUAAUAAUAAUAAUAUUAACAAUUUUAGCGGAAAUAAUAAUAAUAACUUUAAUAAUAAUAAUCAUUACUUUAAUAAUAAUCAUAAUAAUCAUAACCAUCAUUAUCAACAUCACCAAUUAAAAGAGAAAAAGAAAAAUGUAAAUAAACAACACUUUAAACCAAUCGAAUCAUUCUUUUAUCUUCAACCAUUACCUUCUUCAUUAAGUGAUAUGUUUAGAGAUGAUGAUUAUGCAUCGCUUAGUAGUAGUUAUGGUGGUGGUGGUAAUCUUACACCAUUAUCAUUAUCUUCAAAUCAUGCUUUCUCUCCUCCUCUUUCCUCUUUAAAAAAUAGUAGUUCAAAUACAUUUACAAAACCAUCAUCAUCAACAACAACAACAACAACAACAACAACUCAAACACCAACACCAAACUCAAAUACAGAUUCAAAACAAAAUAAAGAUAAUAAUAAUAGUAAAAAUAAUAAUAAAGAAGUAUCAUCAGUUGUAUUAUUAGGGUAUCAAAUAUUAAAAAUUGUAGAGAAUUUAGUAAAAGAUAAACUAUUUCUUUAUGAAUUAGUAACAUCAGAUUGUUUUUCACAACUUUUAAAUAUUUUUUAUAAAUUACCAAUACUAUCGACAACAGCUUCUUCAUUACCACCAAAUUCUUCAUUUUCAAUAAUUUAUCAACAAUUAUCACAAAUUUUCGCUCAAAUAAUGUCAAAAUCAUGUUUAUCUUCUGAUACUAUAGUUUUAAUUCAUAAUUUUAAAUUAAUUAAAAAUUUAUUAAAUAUUAUGGAUAAAUUAAAAGAAAAAGAUGAAUAUAAUAUGAAUUUAAUAAUUGAGUUGAAUAAGAUAAUAUUGUUUAGUAUUAAAUCAUCGACUAGUAUAACUAAAUUAUUACAUGAUGAUUUCACAAAAGCAAAUGGGUAUUCAAUAUUAUUGAAUUCAAUGAUAUUCAUAUCGGAUUAUGGUACAUUAAAGAAUAAGAUUGAUUAUAUUCAAACUACAACCAAUCUAUUAUUUAUUGGUCAUCGUUCAUCUUAUUUAGAUAAAGCAAAUACAAAAAUGUUUGAAAUUUAUUUAAACGUUUUCUCAAUAUCAACAUCAGAAGAAACUAAAACUGAAUUAUUAAAAUGUAUAAAAGGUGUAUUCUAUACAAGUUUAAUUGAAGAAUCAUCAUCAUCUUCAUCAUUAAUUAUUUCAAGUUCAGAUAAUAAUAAUAAUAAUAAUAAUAAUAGUGAUGGUGUUAAUGAUGAUAAGAAUAAUAAUAAUAAUAAUAGAGAUAAUAUAAUAUUUGAAGAUGUUAUUGAUAUGGAUGGUAAUGAUAGUUAUUUAAUAUUUCAUCAGUUUCAACCAUUUACAAUAUUAUUUAGUCAAUUUGAUACAUUGAAUAUAAAUAAUCGUAGAAUGAUAUUGGAUAUGAUGGAUGUAUUAUUAACAAAGAAUAGAAUAUCAUUGAAUGAAUUGAAAGAGUAUUGUAAUUUAUUUAAGAGUGAAUUACCAAGUACAGUGUUAUUGGUAUCACAACAUUUAACUGAACUUUUAACAAAGGGUAAAGUUAGUUGUGAUGUAUUGGGUAGAGAUUUAUCAUUGACUCAAAAGUUAUUAGAAUUCUUAGUUAACGAUCCAACUACAUUAAGAUUCUCUUCAAUUUUAUUACAAAAUGAAACUGAAUUACAACUUUGUUUUUCAAUUUUAAGUACAAAUAAUAAUAAUAAUAAUAGUAGUAGUAAAUAUUAUUCAAAUAAUAUUCAACAACAGCAACAGCAACAACAACAACAACAACAACAACAAAAGAAAAGACAUGUUUCAAGAUAUUUAGUACUUUAUAUGAUUGUAACAGAGAUUUUAAGUUUAUUAUUGGAAUUGUUAGUACCACCAUCGAUUCAAACAAUAUUCAUACAAGAAUGUCAAGGUUUGAAAUUACUUUAUCCAAUGUUAUUAGAUGAAUAUUUAAUUCAACCAGCUUUGAAAGUUAUUGCAAGUAUUGCAAUUGGUGGUUUACAAUUAGAAUCUAGAAUUAUACCAGAUCUAAUUAUGGAGUUACAAAAUAAUGGUGGUGGUGCUACAAAUUUAGAUUCAAAAGUAUUAACAAUGAGAAAGAAUAUAUUCUCUUCAAUGUGUUAUAUAUUUCAUAAUAAUCCAAAUUCAAAGAAUUCAUUUAGAAAUUUUCAAGGUUUUACUUGGUCAUUAUCAAUUUUAGAUGGUAUUUCAAGAUAUUUAAUUAGUAUUGAUAAUAAUAAUAAUAAUAGUAGUAAUAAUAAUAGCAAUGAUAAUUUAAAUGAUUUUAAAGAAUCAUUGGAUCAUAGUUGUAAUGGUGUUUUAAAUAGUAACAAUAGUAGCAAUAAUAGUAAUUUAAAUGGUGGUAUUGGUAAUGAAAUUAAAAAAAGUUCAUUUAAUGAAAUAUUUUAUUUUUUAAAAGUUUUAAUUGAUAUGUUAUCAGCAGCAAUGAAAAAUAAUUCAAUUAAUCAAGAAUAUUUUAGAAAAGAGAUAAUUAUAAUAAGUAGAUCAUUAAAACAAUGUAAAUAUAUGGAAGGUAUUCAUGCAAUAUCUUUAUGUGAUUCUUUACUUAAUAUGGCGAUAACAGGUAGUUGGCCACCAUCUUGUGAAAAUCAUUCAUUGGAAGAAGGUUCAUUAUUCUCUUUAUAUUCACCAAUAACUUCAUUCUUUCCAAUUAAUACAACUUUAUCAAAAAAUUUCGAUAUUUCUUUUAUUUUAAAAUUUGAAAAAAAAGAACAAAUGGAACAACAAUUAAAACAACAAAUUCUUUUAAAUUCAAAUAAUAAUAUUAAUAAUGGUAAUGGUGGUUCAAUUUCACCAUCAUCAAUUAUUAAUAAUAUGAAUUCACCUGGUGGUGGUAGUAGUAGUAGUAAUGAUUCAUUAAAAAGUCCAACAAGAAGAAGUAGAUCAUAUACAAAUGAUUUUCAUUUAGAUAAAUCAUCAAGAAUACCACAUCCACCAGAUUUUAAUAAUAAUAAUGAUACUAUGAAUUAUGAUUAUAAUUUUCAAGAUGAUUAUAUUGAAUCAUUGAAUAGUAAAUCAUCAUCAUCAUUUAGUUUAGAUUUAGCAUCGGUUACAGGUGAUAGUGAAAUCGUUUAUUAUGGUGGUAGUACUACAAGUAGAAUGAUACAUUCACCUGGUUUACCAUCAUCUUCUUUACAAGCAUUAUCAUCAAAUUCAACAAAGUUACCAGAGAAAUCAUCCUUACAAUUGGCUCAAGAAAGAUAUAUUUGUUGUCAAUCUUGUAGAGAUACUCUAACACUUGAAAUGCCUGAAAUCUUUAAAUUAAUCAUUGAAUUAAUGUCUUCAGAUGAUGAUAUCUCUCAAACUGAAAUUAAAUCAUCAUGUUAUAUAAUUAGAGAAUUGAUUUUCUUAACAAAUUGUUCAUUAGCAAAUCAAAAAAGGUUAUCAUCAUUAUUAAUUGAUAUUAUAACUCAUUUUAAACCAUUAUUAUUAUCAAUUAUUUUAUAUCAAAAACAACAACAACAGCAACAACAGCAACAGCAACAAUCUAAUUCUAAUUCAAAUUCAAAUUCAACAAUAAUUUUAAAGAAAAAAAUUAAUAAUGAAACAUCAACAAAAUUAAAACCAUUAUUAUUAGAUUUAAUUCAAACAUUAGCAGGACAUAAUUUAACGUUGAUUGAAUUUAGAAAAUAUUUUGAAUUGUUAAAAGUAAAAGAUUCAAAUAAUCAAUUCAUUUAUCCAAUUGAUUUAUUGAAUUUGUUAUUGAAAAUUUCAUCAAAUCGUGAUAAUAUACCAUUGUAUUAUGCAGAGUUAUCAAAACAUGGGCUAGAGUAUAUCGAUUUUCCAUCAUGGGGUGAAAGAACUUGGCCACCAACUAAAGGUUUUGGAAUUUCAUUUUGGUUUAGAUAUUCAUUACCUUGUUUAAAUAUUAAUAAAUCUCCAAUUUAUUUAUUAAGUAUUGAAGGUAGCAUUGGUAAUAGUAGUACAAAGAGUUGUGAAUGUCAAUUGAUUUUAGAGAAUGGUAAAUUAGUUUAUAAAAUUUAUCAUUUCUCUGGAAUUUGUGAAACUUAUCAUUUCUCUGAUCAUAAAUUUGAACCUGAUCAAUUUUAUCAUAUUUCAAUUUCACAUUCUUCAUUAUUAUCAACAACUACAACAACAGCAACAACAGCAAAUACCACUACUAAUUCAACAACAGCAAGUACUACUACCACUACUACUAAUUCAACAACAGCAGUAUCUUCAACAACAAAUUCAAUAUCAACAACAGCAGCAGUAGCAGCAAUAACAACAAGUGAUGGGAAUAGUGGUAUAAGUAGAGAAAAUAGUUUAGGUGGUAGAGAUAGUAUUGGUAGUAAUAGUAGUAGUAGUAGUAGUAGUAGUAAUAGUGGUGUUUCAAGUGGAUCAUCUACAAAUUUAAAUAAAAAAUCACCUGUUAAAUUAUAUGUAAAUGGGUGUUUGAGGGGUCAGAUUUUAGCAAAUUAUCCAAAAUCAAAUUCAAUGACAUUGUAUAUAAGAUUUGGUGGUGUUAAUGCUGCAUCAUCAGUGAUCAGUAAUAAUCAAGAUGUUCAAUCAUUUAAUGUUAAUAAUAGUUGGAAUUUAGGUAAUGCAUACUUUUUCGAAGAGGUACCAUUGGAUAAGGAAAUCUUUUAUCUCUAUCUAUUGGGUCCAAACCAUUUCCGUGGUUUAAAAGUUGAUUUAUCAGCUGUUGAUUCAAUUCAACCAAGUUUAGAUAAAGUUUCAAAUUUACAUCCAUUCUUAAUUGAUCAUUUAUUAAAUCCAACUGUUCAACCAUUAUUAUCAUUACAUGAGAAGAUUAUGUACAUUUUCACAGCGAAAUGUUUGUAUGUAACAACUCAUAGAAUUACAAAUAAAACUGAGUCGGUGACUCAUGCAAGUGCAUUACCACAAUUAUCAACUAUACUAUUCCAACAACAACAAUUACAACAACAACAAUUACAACAACAAAUUACAAAUAGUACAACUUCAAUUCUAAAUGAAUUAAAUCUUUCAAAUUCUAUAAAUUUAAUUAGAAGAGGUAGUGAAAAUAGUUUAAUAACAUCAUCAUCCUCAUCAUCAUUAUCAUUAUCAUUAUCAUCAAAUACCAAUAAUAAUAAUAAUAAUAAUACUAGAAGUUCAUUAGAAAGAAGUAUAAGUGGUAAUUUCUUACAAUCACCAUCUUCUUCAAAUAAUAAUUUAAGAGAACGUUCAAUUAAUAAUAAUAAUAAUAAUAAUAAUAAUAGUAAUAAUAAUAAUAACAAUAAUUCAAUAUCAUCAUCAACAUCAUCAUUAUCAUCAAGUGUAAUUUCAUUGGUAGCAGGUGCAAUGGCAGUACCAUCACCACCAUCACCAAAUAAAUUAGGUUCUGGUAUAAAUGGAAGUAGUAUUUUAAAUGCAAGUUUGACAACAUUAUCAAUUAGUACAAAUAAUAAUAGUAAUAAUAGUAAUAAUAGUAAUAGUAAUAACAAUAAUAAUAAUAAUAAUACAAAUUAUAAUUCAAAUUCAUUAAAUAAUUCAUUAAAUCAUCAAGCAUUAUCAUUAUUACAUACUGGAUUACCAAUAGCAUUACCACGUGGUGUAAUUAGUCAAAUUGGAGUUAAAGAUGCAAUUAUGAAUUCUGGUGGUGUUUCAGUGAUAAUUUAUUUAAUUGCAAUGGCAGAGGAUAAAGAGUAUCAAAGAUCAGGUUUAAAAUUAUUACAAUCAAUCAUACAUAAUAGUCAAUUGAAUUUAAAGGAUAUGAAAGAGAUUAGUGGUUAUCAAUUAGUUAGUUUUUUAAUUAGAAAAAAGAAUUGGGUAUUGGAUGAUCAACUAUUAUCAAUAUUAUUCUCAUUUGUUGGUAUUCAAUCAACUCGUACUUCAAUUCAUUAUGUCGAUGGUGUGGUUCAAGAUGUGUUGGCAUUGAAACAUUUCCUAUUGGAAAGAUCAAUUUGGAGACGUGCUUCAUUGAUUGAUCAAAAAAAGUUAUUUGAAAGUUUGGAAAAAUUGGUUAAUGUUUUACAUGAAAAUCAUGAAUUCAAUAUAAUUAAAUUCAGACAAGCUGGUGCUUAUGAAACUAUAUUAAAAAUGUGUAGAGAAGAUGAUUUACCUUUAGAAUUAUUAUCAACAUUAACUAAAAUAUUACGUUCAAUUACAACUAAUAAAUCAAAUAAAUUAAAAGAUGAUCUUCAAUUAAUUUUAUCUUGGUUAUUAGAAACUAUGCCAAAACAACAAAUAUUUAAAAAAUAUAAUUCUUUUAAUGGUUUAAAUUCAACAAAUAAUAGUAAUAAUAAUAAUAAUAAUCCAAUAUCAUUAUUUAGAAAAGGUAGAAAAACAUUAUUACAAGUUCAAUUUGAUAAUCAUCAAUUAUAUUUACAACAGCAACAACAACAAAAUUUAAUACCACAAGUUAAUAGUAAUAAUAAUAAUGAAGAAUCAAAUAAUGGUAUUGAAGGUAUAAUUAGAAUUAAUAUUUUAAAUUUAUUAUUAGAUAUUUUAUCAAAAACUGAAUUAUCAGUUGUUGAAGAUUUUCAUUCAAUUUGUAGUUUAGAAACGAUUUUUGGAUUGUUAACUUGUGAAUCAAUGGUUUCAAGAGUUAUGUUUUUAAAGAUUAUUGAUAUUUUCUUACAUAGUCAAAUGAUUUUUGGUCAUUUUCAAAAGAUGAAAGGUUUCCAUUUAUUAGGUCACCAAUUAUUACCAUUCGAAACAUCGGAAAAGAUAUUUGGUGUUUUAUUUUGUAUAUUAUUUGGUAAACCUUCAAAUUCGGAUAUUUUAGAGGGUUUAUCAAUGAGAAUGUAUUUCUUAUCACAUCUAAGUGAUGCUGAAAUGAAAUAUCCUGGUGCAAUAGUUACCAUUUUAAUCAUACUUUGUAAUUCAAAUUCAACAACUCAACAUAAUGUAAUCAAAAUGAUUCAUAAUAUUUUCUUACAAAAUGAUCAAUUUAAACAAUCUUUAUUAGAUAAUGAAUUAAUACCAAGAUUAGUUGAUAUUUUAUCUUCAAAUUAUCAAAGAAGAGGUUCAUCAUCAUCCUCAACUAAUUCAACAACAAAUAAUAAUAAUAAUAAUAGUUCAACAACAACAACAUCAAAUAAUAAUAAUAAUAAUAAUGAAAAUAAUAAUGAAGAUGAUUGGGUAGCAGAAGAAUCAAUUUUAUCAUUAUUAAAAGAGAUUGCAUUGUAUGGGGCAAAAUCACAAGAUGGAAGUGCUGCUUUGUUAAGAGAUAUUUUAGUGGUUUUACAUUUAAAUACUAGAAUGGAUUAUGAUUAUAUUUGUUGUUUACAAAGAAGAGUAUUAUUUGAUGUUAUUUCUUUCUUUAAUGAUAAUAUACAUAGUUUUAGUUCAAUCGAUUCUUUAGUAUCUUCUUUUGAAAAGUUAUGUGUAUUAACAAUUCAUACUUUAUCAUAUCAAGAGAAAUUAUUACUUACAAAUGGUACUGGUACUGGUGGUGGUACUGGUGGUAGUGGUGGUGGUUUACUUACAAAGAAAAGUUUUAGAUCAAAUUUAUUUUCACCUUCAAGAUCAAAAGAAAAAGAAAAAGAAAAAGAAAAAGAAAAAGAAAAAGAAAAAGAAAAAGAAAAAGAAAGAGAAAGAGAAAGAGAAACAACAAAUGUUACAUCAGAUUCUGAUAAUAUUUUAUCAGCAAAUGAUAUAUUCUAUGGUGAUCAAUCAAAUGAAGAAUCUUCAACAACUGAUUCUGAUUCAACUUCCGAUAAUAAUAAUAAUAAUAAUAGAAAUAGUUAUAGUGGUAGAAAUAUACGUGGAAAUGGAAUUAACAAUAAUAAUAAUAAGAAUAAAUUCAUACCAAUUUGGAUUAAAGAAGGUAAUUUAUUAGAUCAAGAAGAAUUUAUUAGAUCACUAUUAAAAGUUUUAAGUAAAUCAAAAAUACCACAAUCAAAUACAACUUAUAGAAAUUUAUUCUCAACCCAAUAUUCUGCUAGAUCAUUAUUAUGUAAAUUCAUUUUUAUCUUAUUAACAUUUGAUGAAUUUAAAGAUUAUUAUUUAAUGGUAUUACAAGAAUUAUCAAAUAUGGUACCAUCAUUAUCAAAUACUCCAAUUUCAUCUUCACCAAUAAUAUCACCAAUUAAUAAUAAUAAUAAUUAUUAUAAUACAAAUUCAAAUACAAAUAGUAAUAGUAGUACACCAUCAUUAUUUUCAAUAACAUCAAAUAAUAAUAAUAAUAAUAAUAAUAAUAAUAAUAAUAAUAAUAAUAAUAAUAAUAAUAAUAAUACAAAUUCAACAAAUCAAACUAUAACAGAUACAACAUUAUCACCAGCAUCAAGUAAUGUAUCAAUUUCAAAUCAAUCAACUCCAAUUUCAAAUAAUAAUAAUAAUAAUAAUAGUAGUGGUGGUGGUAGUGGUGGUAGUAAUAUUAAUAUACCACCAACAAUUAAUAUAAGUGAUAGUAAUAGUAAUAGUAAUGAACAACAAGGAAUAAGUUCAGUAUUAUCAGAAAUUAUAAUGGAAGAAGAUUUUAUAUUAGUAUUAUUACAUAUUACCCAUAAAUUUUUACAAAGUGGUAACGAUUAUGAAAUUCAAAGAAAUAGUUUUAGAUUAUGGGUUUCAAUUAUACAACAUUGUAGUCAAGUUGAUUAUGUAAAGAAAGCAUUUGAUACAACUACAACUUCAUUGGCAGUGUUAUCAUCAUCACAAGAGAUUAGAGAUCUAUUGAUACGUUAUCAACAAAUCUAUGUUGAGAAUGAGUUCAAGAAAUGGGAAGAGAAAUUCAAUCAAUCUAAAAAGGAAUGGAAAUUACAAUAUUUUGAAACUCAAAAGAAUAAACAAUCAAUGAUAACCAAGAAUCAAGAUAUAACAAAAUCAACUAAAAAAUUAUCAGAUUCAUUGAUUCAAUUGAAAUCUGAAUAUGAGAAAUCCAAUUAUCAAUAUUUAAUUGAAAAUAGAGAAUCUAAAAGAUUCUUUCAAAGUCAAUGGAAAUUAUUAAUUAAAAAAGUUACUCAUGAAAAAGCAAUUUGGUCACCAAAUUAUGAAAUUAGUAAUUCAUCUUCAACAAAUAUCACUACCACCACCACUACUACUACAACAGCAAAGAAAUGGAAAUUAGAUCCAACUGAAGGUUUAAAUAGAAUGAGAAUGAGGUUAAAAGUAAUUAGUGAUAAUACAAGUAAUAGUCAUAUACCAUUAAUACCUGAUUUAUCAACUCCUUCAACUCCACCAUCACCUCAAAAUACAAAAGAUCAAUUAUUAUUUAAUUUUAAUAAUUAUAAUAAUAAUAAUAAUAACAAUAAUAAUAAUGGUUUAAAUGCACCACCUUUACAUGGGUCAUUAGAUUAUUCAUCAUUUGAUAAUUUAAAACUUGGUGAAAAAGUAAAUGAAGUUUUUAAAUGUUCUUGUAUUUCACCAUUUUAUCAACGUGAUGGUGAACUUUUAAUUGGUGAUCAAAAUGUUUAUUUCUUAGAUGAAUUAUUAACUUCUGCUGAUAGAAAAAAGACAACUGCUUCAACUGUUGGUGGUAGUAAUAAUAAUAAUAAUAAUAAUAAUAAUAAUAAUAAUAAUAAUAAUAAUAAUAAUAAUAAUUCAAAUGAUACAACAUCAUCCAUUAAUAGUACAACAGCAACAAACACAAACACAACAAAUACAACCACAACAAAUACAACAACAACAACAACAACAACAAAUGGAUUAAGUAAUAUUGUUAAACCACCACAAAGAGGUAAACAUAUAACAUGGAGUUAUGAUGAUAUAAUUGAAAUUCAUAAGAGAAGACAUGUUUUAAAGAAUAAUGCAAUAGAGAUAUUUUUAGGUAGUGGUGUACCACAUAAAACUUAUUUAUUUGCAUUUAAUAAACCAUCAGAUAGAGAUAUAGUUUAUGAUUUAAUUAUGUCAAAACCAUUACCAAAUCGUGUUGAUUAUGCAGCAGAGGUUCAUGGUAACAUUUUGAAGAUGUCAAUUACAAAGAAAUGGCAAUCUGGUUUAAUUUCAAAUUUCGAAUAUUUAAUGCAUUUAAAUACAUUGGCAGGUCGUUCAUUUAAUGAUUUAACACAGUAUCCAAUUUUCCCAUUCAUUCUAAGGGAUUAUGAAUCAGAGGUAUUGGAUUUAGAGAAUCCAAAUACAUUUAGAGAUUUCACAAAACCAAUGGGUGCUCAAGAUCCAAAACGUUUAGAGAAAUUCAUAGAGAAAUAUAAUGAUCUAUUAGAGAUGAAUGAAAAACCUUAUCAUUAUGGUUCACAUUAUUCAAACAUUGGUUCGGUGUUACAUUUCUUGGUUAGAUUACAACCAUUCACUUCUUAUUUCAUAGAUUUUCAAGGUGGUAGAUUCGAUGUACCAGAUCGUGCUUUUCAUUCAAUCGCUCAAAGUUGGAAUUUAUCAUCAUCAAUUUCAAAUUCAGAUGUAAAGGAAUUAAUUCCUGAAUUCUUUUAUUUAUCGGAUUUCUUGGUGAAUUCAAAUAAAUUCUUUAUGGGUAUAAAACAAAAUGGUGUAAAAGUUGAUGACGUAAUAUUACCACCAUGGGCUCAUAAUGAUCCGAGAUUAUUCAUAAAGAAACAUAAUGAAGCGUUGGAAUGUAAAUAUGUUUCAGAGAAUUUACAUCAUUGGAUUGAUUUACUAUUUGGUUAUAAACAACAAGGUGAAGCUGCUGUUAAGGCGCAUAAUAUGUUUUUCCCAUUGACUUAUGAGGGUGCUGUUGAUAUAGAUUCAAUUGAGGAUCAGUUAAAUCGUGAUGCUGCUGUCGCUCAAAUUCAUUCCUAUGGUCAAACUCCAAAACAAAUCUUUACAAAACCACAUCCAAAAAAGAAUUGGUCAAAAACUAUUAGAUUAACUCAAGAUAGUAUCUUUACAAAACCUGAACGAUUAACCUCUUACAUUAUGUUUCAAUAUCGUUCACCCAUCGGUUCGAUUACAAUCGCAAAUGAUUCCUCUCCAAUUCAUCUAACACCUCAAAGGAUUUUAUUCUUUCCUGAUAAUAAUAAAUCCAUAUCUUGGGGUCAUUGGGAUCAAAAUCUAAGAGUGAAUUCAAUUGAUACUGGUAAAGUUUUAUCGAUAAUAGAGGUGUUGAAUGAUGAUAUCAUCUGUGGUGACAUUACAAAGAAUGGUCGUUUAUUCGUCACUGGUGGCACUGCUGGUACUGUUAAGGUUUGGAAACGUUGUAACAAUGAUGGUACCAUCAUGACUAGAAAAGAGCGUGGUGAUAAUCUAAGUCUUUGGUCAACACUCUAUGGUCAUACAAAUUCUAUACUUUGUGUAACCGUUAGUCAAGAGUAUAGUAUUAUAGUUAGUGGUUCAAAAGAUUCAAAUUGUAUCAUUUGGGAUUUAAAUAGAUUAACUUAUAUCAAUAGUUUACAACAUGAUCAUCCUGUAACUUGUGUUCAAGUUUCUCCAACUUUUGGUUAUAUUGCAACUUUUGAAACCAAUAUAUAUAAUAAACAAAAUAAUAAUAGUGGUGGUGGUGGUUCAAAGAAUGACAAUAGUAUUAAUGGUUCAGGUUGUUUAAGACUUUGGAGUAUUAAUGGUACCUUACUUGCAAAACAAAACUUUGUAAAUGAUCGUGUAAAUUGCAUGAUCUUUACAUCAACAAUUCAAGGUGUUAAUACUAAUCUUUUAAUAACUGGUAUGGAAUCUGGAACUAUCAUACUUUGGAAUGCUUGGAAUCUUCAAAAAAUUAGAACUUUAGUAUCAAAAUCUACAAUCACUGCUUUAGCCGUUAGUAAAGAUAAUACUCAAUUAAUUUCUGGUGAUAUUAAUGGUCUCAUUGAAUGUUUGUCAAGUCGUUCUUUUGAUGGUUAUUCUUCAAUUGUUCUUGGUUAA